AUGUCUGACAAUUUACCAAAAGGAUUAGAACGUUUGUUGCAUGAUCAAACUUUUGUUGAUGUAACUUUUGUAGUAGAUGGCAAGAAAUUCGGUGCUCUCAAAGGUAUUUUAGCAUCGCGUAGCCCCGUUUUUGAGGCUAUGUUCAAACACGAUAUGCAAGAAAAUAGAUCGAACCAAGUUGACAUCUCGGACAUCCGUCCCGAAGUAUUUGAAGAAUUUUUACUCUUCAUGUAUACUGACAAAACUCCGAAUUACAAAAUGGUGACUGAGUUAUUCGUAGUUGCUGACAAAUAUCAAGUCGAAGGUCUAAGGGUACUCUGCGAGGAAAUUAUAUUAAAGGAGUUAUCGAUAGAGAACGCGUUCGAUUUGUUAUUUUUUGCUGAUCUUCAUGGAGCGGAACGAUUGCUAACGAAGGUUGCAUUUUAUAUCAAAACAAACCCUGCCAAUCUUACGUCAACCCAGGAGUGGAAAAAUGCAAUUUUGACACAUCCUCAUCUAUUUGAUCUUGUGCAUGGAGUAUGUCAAGUCAAACGCCCUCGUGUACCAUCAAAGCUUCAAGUUCCAUCCUUAAGUGACACGUCCAUUCAACGAAAAUGGAAAAGAUGA